AAGCGGCUCUGAUUGCAUAGUGCGGCCCCUGCAGACUCCUGCAGACUACUGAGCAGAGUGAAGGAGCAGCCAGGUAGAGGCACAGGCUCCAUCUCUCGCGAGGAACGACGCCGUUAUCGGAAUCUCCACAAACAACACGAGAAUUCGUCAUUCACACGCUCUGAACAAUGUCUGGACAAGUGCUGGAUGAAAUAGUACAAAUAACAGUAGAGGAGUUUAACCAGGAUGGCCGUAGUGAUUUGCUGGACAGUAAUGAAGACGGUGAAGAAAGGCCACAGAAGAAAAAGAGGAAACUAAGCAGCAGUCAGGACAACAACAAUAAUCAAGAACUAUCUUUUAUUAAGAAUCUUCUGGUUUCAUUCACUGAGUCAAUUAGCCAGCGCUUGGAAGGAAUUGAGUCAAAGCUACAGUCCUUAGACGCAACAUGCAAAGUCCUUGUCCGCAAACUUGACAGCAUGGCUCCCUGUGCAAAGAGCCCCGUACAAGUUCCUAUGGUUGCAGGUUCUCCUCAGGGUGCCACUCAAACUUGGAACAAAGUUCGAUGCGUUGUCCCCCAAACAAAUGUGAUUGUUAGCAGAGAACACACAAAGGGAUUAAACCAGGAAGACACACCUCUUGAAAAUCUGCUCAGCAACACAGUGGCCAGAAGGCGACAGAAUACCAUUCUGGUUAAAGUGCCGGGUGCUGAAGAGAGUCAGGAGGAACAAGAGAGCGGCUCAGAGGCCAGUGACUCUGUUUCUAACAGUGGGCAGUCAGGCGGUGCACAAAAUGGUCAAAAUGUCACACUUAUCACACUCAAUGCAGAAGAAGAUUAUCCAGAAGGUACUUGGUUGGGAGAUGAAAGCAACUCAGAGAUGCGGGUUCGCUGUCCAAUUUCUCCAUCUGACAUGCUUUAUAUCAGCACAAACUGUCGCACAGCAGAGAAAAUGGCUCUGACACUGCUGGACUACCUAUUCCACCGGGAGGUCCAGGCAAUGUCAAAUCUCUCCGGGCAAGGGAAACAUGGAAAGAAGCAACUAGACCCUCUCAUGAUCUAUGGCAUCCGAUGCCACUUGUUCCACAAAUUUUGCAUCUCUGAAUCAGACUGGUACCGGAUCAAGCAAAGCAUCGAUUCAAAGUGUCGUACCGCCUGGAGACGCAAGCAGCGGGGCCAGAGCCUGGCAGUGAAGAGCUUUUCCAAACGCACUCCACGCGGUACUGUGGCAGAAGAAGGUAUCUCAGAUGAAGCUGCUCAAAUAGAGACUGCCACCCAGCAGACCCUGCAUUACACACUGGCCAAUCAGCAGGUCCAGUUCCAUCGUAUUGGUGAAGAUGGACAGGUUCAGGUGAUUCCUCAGGGACAGCUGCACAUCGCCCAGGUGCCACAAGGUGAAGAGGUGCAGAUCACCCAGGACAGUGAGGGAAACCUCCAGAUACAUCAGGUGCACGUCGGCCAGGACGGACAGGUACUGCGUGGAGCUCAGUUGAUAGCCGUUGCUUCAGCCGAUGGAGGAGCCACGGCGGUAGAGGGGUCCGCCCUCCCACCUGACAUCCAAGUGCAGUACGUGCAACUAGCUCCUGUUUCAGAUCACGCAGCGGCUGUGCAGGCUGCUGAACUGGCUCCAGCUUUGCAGGCUGAGAUGGAGGUGAAAGAAGCCAUCCAGGGUGCCAUCCAUGGAGACAACGGCGAGGUUGUCCAGAUUGUCAGCUCUGUGGCCACCUGAGAUCUCAUCGCAGACCUGAACUCUGCCAUGCAGCAUGGCCCAGUGUGUCUCUGUGGAAAAGUCUGACGCAAUCAAGCUAGAAAGUUUCUUAAGGUCACUGAUGACACAGAGAGAAAGAAUUAUUUUUUUCUUUUUGCAAAUUGCUGGAUUUUUUUUUUUUUUUUACACCAAGUGGUACACAAUGAGAUGAUUUUUUAAAAGAAAAGACAAAAAGAAAUCGUUACACUCCCAGAUCAACUGUGGUCAUUGUUGCACUAUUGUAACCAGAAGGACCUGGACUACUGGCAGGACAUGGAGGGGGUUCAGUAUGCUGUUAUUUUCUCAGCUUUAGAAAAAUCUCAUAUAAUUAAUACUUGGCUUUGCUUAUCCUUACUUGCCCCAGUGUAUGCCAAUGGAGAGGUGGAUGUAGAUAAGGACAGCUACUCUUGUUUGUUUGAAAUCGCUUGUCCUUCACAACAAUUGAGUCCACACUAUUUCUCCCAGCUAUGAGCUGAACCUUUCUUGGCUUUGAUUUGUUUUCAUAUCUCCACAGUCUUAGAUUUUUGUUUUCUUUGUUUUAUUUAUGGAAUUGUUACACCAUGUAAAAUUUGAGAAGCUUUAAUUUUAGAGAAAACCAUAAGUAGAAGAGACAGUACUGGGGUAGACCGAACAUAAAGCUUGUUGACAUCCACGGAAACCCUAAAGUUUGUUUAUUUGUGUCAGUUUUGUCUGUAUGACAGAUCCACUUUUGCGAAUAAAACAUGUUUGUGGCCACCAUAAAAAAAGUGCUUUUAUUUUUAUUUUUUUGGUCCAUAUCAUCUCAAUUACCAUCUAUUUGCCUUCAAAGUUCUAUUACAUCUACUGUGGAAAGACAAUUAAAGUCUCCCUGAGUUGAUCGUUUCGGUUUGAGGAUGUUGAGGUUACAUGUUGAGCUAAUUUAUCCUGCUUUUGAAGUACAUAAUGAAUCAUUUUGGCUUCAGUUACCAUAAGAAUAGGCUACUGUACUUUUAACAGUCCUGACAAAAAAGGAAUGCAGCAAAAUAAGCUCAGCACAGUUUUUGUUCAGAGUGUAAUUAAUGCUUCUCUUGUUAUUGUUUAUGAACUAUAAUUACAUUCCUUGAAAUGCAUUUCUGCUACAGUUUUGUAUAAAUAUAGAGGAUGUGUUGUAUUUGAGAGAAUUUUCCCUAAUGAUGUAUACACACAUACAGUCAGACAGACAGGGCAGAGAUAAGAGAGACACUUCAAGACUGUAUGUGUUGCUGUGAGCAUGUUUCCCAUGCUCAGUGUGAUGUAAUGGUGUAUUUUGGAUUGAGGAUGUGAACCAGGCGACAAAAUGAACUUGAUAAAACAACA